AUGUCAGCCUCAUUCCUAUUAACAGUCAAACCUUCUCAAGUCCACAAACUUUAUGAUAAUUUACUACCUAAUGAUGACUGGCAUAAUAAUGCAAUUCCUGAAUUUCUCGUGAAAAACCAUGAAAACCAUAAUACUGAAAUACACUUGAGAAUUGUUGCCCUGAUUAUUUUAAACACUGAUUUGUGUAUAAAAGUGAAAACAAGCAGAAAAAAAAAAGAAACGAUGAAUUCUUCACUCCUUAUGAGCCUUUUCGUCUUAGUGGCUAUGGUGACAUUGAGUCAUUCACAUACGAUACAUGACAAUUUCUAUCCAGCUGUUAUAAUAGAGGAGGAUACUGAUAGAAAUCUGGUUUAUUUUUUCGGAGGAGUAAUCAUUCAUGAAGUAUUUCAUUGA